AUCCAGUGGGGAUUCCAGACUUUCAGUCUCCACUGAGAGAUUCUGUGAGAGAAGAAUUAUUCAGCACUGAAGUUGCCUAUUCAGAGCAGGCUGCAAUCCUGCUCAAAGGAUCAUUCCCAAGGGAAACCAGGAGAAUAAAGGAAGAGAGUUGCUUGUCUAAGUUUAAGAUCCCUAAGGGGAGGCUAGGAGUAACCAGAACAGAAGAUCUGUCUCUUCAGGACAUGAAGAAAAUUCCCACCCUAGCACUUAUUGAACUAACUGCACUCUGUGAUAUUGUUGGCUUAGAGCUGAAGAGGAACAAGGCAGUUAAACGAAAGUCAUCAGACCACAAACUUUUUGGAGUUCCACUUGGCACUUUGCUGGAAAAUGAUCAAAAACUUCUUUCAAACACCCGGGUUCCACUGAUACUACAAGCGUUGCUUUCAUGUUUGGAAAAGAAAGGGCUGGAUACAGAAGGAAUCCUGAGAGUUUCGGGGUCACAGUCUCGCAUUAAGUGUUUGGAACAAAAACUGGAAAAUGAGUUCUACACUGGCUUCUUCCGGUGGGAUGAGGUGCAUCAAAAUGAUGUCUCUGGCCUGCUGAAGAGAUUUAUUCGAGAGUUACCCACACCUCUUCUGACAGCAGAAUACUUGCCUGCCUUUGCAGCUGUGCAGAAUAUCCCGGAUUUGAAACGGAGGCUGCAGGCUCUCAAUCUGCUCAUACUGAUUUUACCAGAACCUAACCGAAACACCCUGAAGGCGCUGCUGGAAUUCCUUAGGCUGGUAGUUACCAAAGAAAGAAAAAACAAGAUGAGCCUUUGGAAUGUUUCCACAGUUAUUGCUCCAAACCUCUUCAUGCACAAGAGUUUGCCAAGCAAGAUCCCAGAAGGAAAAGAGAAGCAGCUGGCAGAAGGAGCGGCAGAUAUUGUUCGAAUGAUGAUCCAUUAUCAAGCUUUGCUCUGGACUGUUCCUUCUUUCUUGGUAACUCAAAUAAGAAAACUGAAUGAGAACAGCAGCUGGAAGUAUCAGUUCUAUGACAGGAGGAUCAAGAAUCUGUUAAGAAAGAUUCAUGCAGACAAGGAAAAGACAGAAAAGAACAACGUUGAGCCUUGCAAAAUAGUCAAAAUCCAGGCUUCUUUGUUCUUGAAAGACUCACUGGAAGUUCAUUUAACGCACGGAACAAAAGCAGCCGAUGUUCUAAGACAGUUCCAGAAGAACCUUGGUCAGAAUGGCUGGAAUAUUGUCAGCACAGUCAACAUAAUCAAAUGUAAUGGUUCAGUGGAUUCGAUGAACUUCCUACUAUAUGAAGUUGGCGGCAACAUAAAUGAACAUUGCCUGGAUCCAGAUACAUAUCUUUUAGACCUGUACCAUGUGAACCCUCAUGCAGAAUGGAUUAUAAGGCAAACCCCGCCUUUUCCAAGAACACCUUAGGGAGACUGCUUAGUUAAAAAAAACAAAAACACAACGGGGCCAAGAAUUUGUAUUAAGUUGUUUAAACAAAGCUGGAACCAAGCACACCAUAUGUUCAUGAAGAUAACAGUUGAAAUGGAGCAGUAACUCUACAUUUGGAAAAUUAGCAAUUCCUUUUGAAUGUUCAUUUGAGAUGAUAGCCAAUAGAAGGUGACAAAUGUUGUAUGAUAAGAAGUCUUAUAUCAAAGGAAAGCUGGUAGGAAAAAAGAAGGAUGGAAAGCAUUUGGAAAAACUCGUGCAGAUAAUCAGAUUUUAAAGUUUGUUCACAUGGGAGCAUAUCUCAAUAUGUAAUAGCUGGUUAUCAAUGUUGACUUUUAUAAAGUGAAACUGAAUAUUUGAAUUAAGUCUUCUUGUACAACCAUGUAAUUUUUUAAAGAAUAUUCCUGUUGGUUUAUUUCUGGAGAGUUUAAUUGAUAACCAGCUGCCUAGAAUAUAGAGGGAAAAUUGAUUAUUAUAGUGGGAGUUCUACCUUAAGAAUACUUCUGUCCAAGGACAGGAUGAUCAUACUAUGCACAAGUAAUAACUGUAAGUAAUGAAUUCUUCUAUAAUGACUUUGAACAUUGCAGUUACACAUAGAUGUGUUUGUAUAAGUACAGUUUUACAAUGACGUUAUUUUUUCAAAAAGUAUGUUCUAAGAACAUCUUCCUACUAGGUUACAAUAAACCAUCUCAGUAUUAUUGUUUAUAUAAAUUUUUCUCAUAUUCAAAUUGGAAUUCAUAUUGCUGUCUGUCUGUAAUAUAUUUUCUUAUGCAAAGACCCCUAAUUAGAAAUUUCUUAAACUUCUUUUUCCAAGACAGUCUAUCUGAGCCAUAUAAUAAUUUAAUAUUGAUGUUGUUCUGUUUCUUUGAUAUACUUUUAAAAAAAAUUCACUUAUGGAUGUGUUUAGGAAAAACUUGUUGCAUUUGUCCAGGUUGUCCUCAAGAAAGUCAUGCUACUUCACUUGGACAUAAAUGUCCAUAUGAUACCAACUUUUUCAAAACCACAUUCCAAAGCAAACCCAUGUAUUAGUAACAAAAUUCUUGUGUGAAAAGUGUGUGGAAAUGAUACUGUUAAAAGUGGCAAUUUUAUGUAACUUCUCCCCCUUCUCAAUGUUUAAACAUCCUGAAACCUGGUACCUUUAGAUGUGUUGGAUCUCAGCUUCCCAUAGACUGACUUGGGAAUUGUACAUACAUGGAAGGAAUAAAGUUGUUAUGAUUACUUCCAUUUAUCACUGCAGUUUCCUCCUUCUAAAUCAGAGGUGUCAAACUCAAGGCCCGCUGGCCGAAUCUGGCCCAUGGGGUGCUUAAAUCUGGCCCACAGGGCCAGCCUGGAAAUAUUAAAGGACUGACCCACGGUGCCUCUACUGGCCAAAAUGGGUCUCAUGAGGCCCCUGCUUGUCCUGCUUUCAGUCCCCCCAGCCUCCAGCAGCACUCUGCCAGACACAAACAGGCUGCACAGAGGUCCCGCGUGGCCCAUUUUCAGCCUCCAGCAGCACUCUGCUGGCCAAAAAAACCUGCCGGCCCAUGCAAGUGAACUACAAUGUUGAUCUGGCCCUCAAAGAAAUCUAGUUUGACACCCCUGUUCUAGAUGGUGAUAGUUCCUGCAUUUUCCCAAGAACAUUCUGAUCAGGACAGAUCAGGUAAGCUUAAGCAUAUCGAAGCCUAAAACAGACUUCAACUAAGUCCCUUGAAUAUAGAUACAAAUUAUUUUGGAUACAUCAGAUAAAAUAGAUUCAUGUCAAUACAGCAAAUGAUGCAGCUUUUAGAGCAUGCAGGUAGUCAAAUGGGAAAAAAAGUUUUGAUCCAUCAUGAGAAACUGUGUGUGAGAUACCAAAAGUGAAUAGUAGUAGAUCAAAGGUGUUUUACUUUGAUAUUUAUAAAAAUAUCAGUGCUAUAACGACAAGGACAUGCUUUUUAAAACAAAUAUUGCUGAAAUAGAUUCCUGAUAUAAUAAUGAUGCUAUGAGUGUUAUAGAGGACACAUCUGUAAUAUGUAAGGGAAAACACCAUCCUUAAUUCUGUCCUUAGCUUGAUUUUUUUAAAGAACAUUUUGGUAUGUUUUGUGACAGUAGUUAAAGCAGUGAAGCAUAAACUCUGCAUGUUUUAAUAAUGGUUUUUAUUAAUAUUUUAAUGCUGUUUAAAACAGUUAUACAAUAAAUAACUAAACAUAUUUCCAAAAUUUUUCA